GAAAAGGUGUGGAUGCAUGGUAAGGUGAUUCUCGGGGCUGGUCCGUGACGUCGUACGAUUGCUCAAAGACAAGCCGGCGGAGUGGAGGGGACGACCCUGGCUAGCCUGCGUCCCUAGCCGAGAGAGAUUCGAGAGCAUCCAUAAAGACCACGGGCCUGGCACCACAUUGCCUGGGACCAUCUGUCGUCUACUGUGUACUGGACAGCUUCAUACCCCUCCCAGGACAGGGAGCAAAGCAAGACGACAAAGAGAGGCAAAUACUCGGCAAUCCCCAAACAAUGGUCAAGCCCCAGAACCUUGCCCGACUAGGGUCUGCGUCGCUGAGAGCCGUCCGCCUGUCAGGGGCACCCCGAGGAGGAGGAGCAGCGGUGGCAGCGGCAUUCCACACACUCCGAGCAUCAGCAGCGGCCCGCCAGAGCCCCACCAGGAGCUUGGACCUGGACGCGGCCCGCAGGAAAUAUCCCACCUCGACCGACCUCAAGUACCCCGCCGUCGCCGCCGAUUCAAGGUCCAAACUCGGUCGUCUCGCAACAGCCGCCGCCACAACUACCACCACUAGAAACCACCGUACACUAAGCACAAUGUCGUCUACCAAGGAUUACAGGCUCUUUUGCCUGGAGAACCCUCUUCUGGACAUCCAGGCCUCGGGCGACGAGGCCCUCCUCAACAAGUACGGACUCAAGGCCAACGACGCCAUCCUGGCCGAGGAGAAGCACCUGGGCAUCUACGAGGACCUGCUCAACAACUACGACGCCAAGCUGAUCGCGGGCGGGGCGGCCCAGAACACGGCACGCGGCGCCCAGUACAUGCUGCCGCCCAACAGCGUCGCCUACGCGGGUGGCGUUGGCGACGACAAGUACGCCGCCAUCCUGCGCGACGCCGUGCGCCAGGCCGGCCUGCGCGUCGAGUACCGCGUUGACCCCAAGGUCAGCACCGGCCGAUGCGGCGUCGUCAUCACGGGUCACAACCGCUCCAUGUGCACCGACCUGGGCGCCGCGAACCACUACGACGUCGAGCACCUCAGGCGGCCCGAGGUCUGGGCCCUCGUCGAGGACGCGGAGGUGUACUACGUCGGCGGCUACCACUUCACCGUCUGCCCCGACGCCAUCAUGGAGCUGUGCCGCCAGGCCGCCAAGAACGAUCGGCCCUUCAUCCUCUCGCUCUCGGCCCCCUUCAUCGCCCAGUUCUUCAAGGACCCGCUCGACGCCACCAUGCCCUACACCGACUACGUCAUCGGCAACGAGACCGAGGCCGCCGCCUUUGCCGAGUCGCACGGCUUCGCCGACAAGACGGACCUGAGGGCCAUCGCCAAGGCCAUGGCCAACCUGCCAAAGGAGAACGCCAAGCGCAAGCGCGUCGCCAUCGUCACCCAGGGCACCGAGCCCACUCUCGUCGCCGUCCAGGGCGAGGACGAGGUCAAGGAGUUCCCCGUCCACGCCAUCGCCAAGGAGCAGAUCAACGACACCAACGGCGCCGGCGACGCCUUCGCCGGCGGCUUCUGCGCCGGCAUCGUUGACGGCAAGCCCCUCGAGGCCGCCAUCGACAUGGGCCAGUGGCUUGCCCGUCUGAGCAUCCAGGAGCUGGGACCUUCAUACCCCUUCCCCAAGCAGACCUACCAGCCCACAUCGUCAAACUAGAUUCCCAGAAACGGAUCUUUCACCAUUCGUCAGGUCAAGUCAGGCGUUGCGGGUAAGGAAAUGGGGGAAAAUAAAGGGCAUUCCAGGUUUCAACAACAAAAAUAGUACCAGAUACUUUGAGAGCUGGUGGCGUCCGUCAGGCCAAACCAAAUUCAACUUAGAGAAUAGCGAGAAAGCAUCGAUGACGCGCAGUUUCGCGCCUGAACACCA